CCUAUAGCAAUAAUCAUUGAUGAAACAACUGAUGUUAAAGGAUGUAAUGUUGUUAAUACAUUGUUUGCCUAUCACAGAACAACAAAGCUUGUGUCAGUUGAUUUUUUAGAAGCUGUAAAUUUUUCAACAAUAGGUGGACUAAUUUUGCAGUUGUUAACAGAAUGGAAAAUAUUAUUUAAUUUACCAAAAUUAAUUGCAUCUGAUUCCACUUCUUACAUGAAAAAGUGCUUUCGUAAAGCCUUAAAUCCUGUAAUGCAGCAAUUAAAACAUAAUACUUGCCCUGCUCAUAUUGUAAAUUUAAUUAGUUAA